AUGUGUGGUAUCCUAGGCCUUAUCCUGGGCCACAUCAGUGAUGACCCUAAUUUCCCAUGCAAAGCCGCCGUUACGUUACAUGAGGCUCUUUAUUACUUGCAGCACCGCGGGCAGGACGCCUGCGGUAUAGCUACUUGUGCUGCCGGUGGGCGCAUUUACCAGUGCAAGGGAAAUGGUAUGGCUGGAAAGGUCUUUGAUGAGGGCAGACGCAUUCAGGAUCUACCAGGUUCCAUGGGCAUAGGCCACCUACGUUAUCCCACCGCUGGCUCAGACUCCAGCGCCGAAGCUCAGCCCUUCUACGUUAACAGUCCAUACGGUAUCUGCUUAGCACAUAACGGAAAUCUCGUGAACGCGCGCGAAUUGCGGGAAUACCUCGAUAAGAAUGCCCACCGACACAUUAACACAGACAGUGACAGUGAAUUAAUGCUGAACAUCUUUGCCAAUGAAUUGAAUGAGACUGGAAAAGCUCGUGUCAACCAGGAAGAUAUCUUCGAUGCUCUCGCACGAAUGUACAAGCGAUGCAUGGGAGGUUGGGCGUGUACAGCCAUGGUUGCUGGUUUCGGUAUUUUCGCCUUUCGCGAUCCAUACGGCAUUCGCCCAUUGGUCCUAGGACAGCGUCCCUCAGAGACACUUCCCGGAGCAACAGACUAUAUGUUUGCCUCAGAGAGCAUUGCUCUACGACAGCUUGGUUUCCACAAUAUUCGUGACAUCAAGCCAGGCGAGGCUGUGUUUGUCCGUAAAGGACAAGCGCCUGUUUUCCGCCAGGUUGCAGAGCAACAAGCCUACUCUCCUGACAUUUUUGAAUACGUGUACUUUGCACGUCCAGAUACCAUCAUCGACGGCAUAGGCGUGCAUGCCAGCCGUCAAAAGAUGGGAGAUAAGUUGGCGGACAAGGUCAAGCAGAUCUUGGGUGAGGAUGGAGUGAAGGAGAUUGACGCUGUUAUUCCAAUUCCCGAGACAUCCAACCCAUCUGCCUUCAGCGUUGCACAGCGCUUGAAUAUCCCAUACCGCGAAGGGUUUGUGAAGAACCGUUACGUUUUCCGAACAUUUAUUAUGCCUGGCCAAAGCGCACGCCAGAAAGGUGUCCGCAGAAAGCUCAGUGCUAUCGACCAAGACUUUGCUGGAAAAUGCGUCCUGCUAGUUGAUGACAGUAUCGUUAGAGGUACAACGAGUAGAGAAAUCGUGGCUAUGGCCCGUGAAGCUGGUGCCCGAAAAGUCAUAUUUGCCAGCUGUGCACCUCCCAUUACACACCCGCAUCUCUACGGCAUUGCGCUCGCGUCUCCUGAAGAACUGAUUGCAUCGAACAAAGAUCGAUUCGCCAUUGCCGAGAACAUUGGCGCCGAGGAGGUCAUCUUCCAAGACCUGGAGGACCUCAAGGAUGCGUGCAGAGAGCUCUCGCCUGCAAACGGGCCCAAAGAGUUUGAAGUUGGUGUGUUCUGUGGCAGCUACAUUACGCACGUUCCCGACGGCUAUAUCGAGCAUCUCGCCGAGCUACACAGUCAAAAGUCCAAGCAAAAUAAGCUGCCUCCAACACAUGGCUCUGCAGCCCAGACAGGUAGCGGUGGGCCAACUAUGUUUGAUAAAGCAAAUCGCGAUGAUAUCAGUCUUCAUAACGUAGCCAGUGAUGCGUCUCGGCGAUGA